CAGCAGGCUCUGGAAGGCCCUGAGAGGCCCUGGGCACAAGCUUCCAGACUGAGAAGCACCUGCUCUCCUCUCACUCCCUCUACUUCUUCCAAAGCUGAGCCAGCCGAGUGGGCACCGCUGGGUCCCAGCACAGCCCUCACUGCCCGGCUUCCUUCAAUAGAAUCUCUCACACCUUGGCUCCCCAUGGCUCCAAGGACUUUGCCAUCUGCCAGGCCCAGUUCUGCCAGAGAGGAAGCUGCUUGCUUGGGAAGUUCCCUGUGGGGUCACCUUUACUCUUUCAGGUCACUGAGGACCCAAUGGGAAGGAGCCUGACCCCCUGACCUAUUCAACAGCUGAAGUCAAGGGCCCCUGGGGCCAAGAGCCAUUUGGAAGAUCUCACGCCGUUGAAACAGGGGAAACGUUGCAGGAGACAGAGACCAGAUUCCUGCUCUUUGAAGACAAAACCGAUAAGGGCUGUCAGCUUCAGCUCCAUCACGCAGACACGUUACAGCAGUGCGGCUUCAACGCCUCCCUGCCCCUGGUGAUGAUAAUCCACGGCUGGUCGUUCGAUGGCCUCCUGGAAAACUGGAUCUGGCAGAUGGUGGACGCGCUGAAGUCUCCGCUGGUCCAGCCAGUGAAUGUGGUGCUGGCAGACUGGAUCACCCUGGCCCACCAGCAGUAUACCAUCGCCAUCCGCAAAAGCCGCCUUGUGGGCCAGGAGGUCGCAGCUCUUCUCCAGUGGCUGGAGGAAUCUGCUCAGUUCUCUCCAAGCAACGUUCAUCUAAUUGGGUACAGCCUGGGCGCGCACGUCUCAGGCUUCGCUGGCAAUUACAUGGGCGGAAAGCACAAGAUUGGGAGAAUUACAGCACUGGAUGCCGCGGGGCCCUUGUUUGAGGGCACUGCCCCCAGCGAACGUCUUUCACCAGAUGAUGCCAACUUUGUGGACGCCAUUCACACCUUCACCCGGGAGCACAUGGGCCUGAGUGUGGGCAUCAAACAGCCCAUUGCACACUAUGACUUCUACCCCAAUGGGGGCACCUUCCAGCCUGGCUGCCACUUCCUGGAGCUCUACAAAGAUAUCGCCAAGUACGGCUUAAAUGCCAUCACCAAGACCAUCAAAUGCGCCCACGUGCGGUCGGUGCACCUCUUCAUCGACUCCUUGCUGCACCCCAGCAUGCAGAGCACGGCCUACCUGUGCAGCGACAUGGACAGCUUCAGCCAGGGCCUGUGCCUGAGCUGCAGGAAGAGUCGCUGCAACACGCUGGGCUACCACGUCCGCCAGGAGCACAGAGGCAAGAAGAGCAGGAAGCUCUUCCUUGUGACGCGAGCCCAGGCCCCGUUCAAAGCCUAUCAUUACCAGUUCAAGAUCCAGUUCAUCAACCAAAUGGAGACACCAGGAAAACCAACUUUUACCAUGUCACUCCUCGGCACGAAAGAGGAAAUGCAGAAAGUGCCCAUCACUCUGGGCGAAGGCAUUACUAGUAAUAAAACCUAUUCCUUUCUCCUCACACUGGAUUUGGAUAUCGGUGAGUUGGUCAUGAUCAAGUUCAAGUGGGACAACAGCGCAGUAUGGACCAACGUCUGGAACACGGUCCAGAUCAUCAUCCCAUGGGGCAGAGAGCCCCACUACUCAGGCCUUGUUCCAAAGAGCAUCAGAGUUAUGUCAGGAGAAACCCAGCAAAGAACGACAUUUUGCCCAGAAAACGUGGAUGAUCUACAGCUUCACCCAACCCAGGAGAAAACCUUUGUGAGAUGUGAAAUAAGCUCUAAAAAACUGAAGCGAAAGAACAGAUGAGCUUUAAUGAAGACCCAGUGCAAAGAAUAAAUGAUCUUAUUCCUUAUCUGAAACGGCUGUCUUAUUUGGAAACCAAAGUUAUAUAAAGAAUCUUGCAUGAAGUUUAGAUUUACAGGGAGAUUACAUUUCACUAUUAUAAACUAAGCUUUUAAAAACUAUAUUAUGUAACAAUACUCAAAUAUUAGUUUAACCAAAAAUUCCCCAAUUUUAUGUCUGACUGAAUGGUAAUAUAUGCAAAUAAGUACAAAUGUAAGAGCCACUUUAAACCCGUUGUUCUAAUUUAAAAUGUCUUUUACAAUUAAGUCAGAUUUCCCAUAUUUCUUUGCUAGUUCCUUCUGAUCAGUUUUUUGAACCAUGCUGGAAAAGUACUUCUUUAUUACAUAACUAGCACUUCAAAACAGUGAAGUUCCAAUUAGUCAUGGUUAUGUGUCCCAAAGUACACACCCUUUAAGAACAAUUCAGCUACUAAAAGAGGAAAAAUUCUACUUAAACUGUUAGUUGCCAUCAUAUAAAUUGUACAAUUAUUUCACUGACCCAAACAAAUAGAAGUAGAAUUUUUCUAAAGCUACUAAUGAUAAAUGAAAGCUGGACAGUUGGUCAUUUUAAUAAUUCAAUUACUGUUUACAAUUUUCCUCUUUUGCUAAUGCUUGCAACAAAAGCUAAUGGAGAACUUAGAAUUCUGUCUCAAAGAGUUAGAUAUUAAAUCUUACACUGUCCAACACAUGAAAUAAUGAUAUUUCGACCAACAAAUUCUACCACAAACACGUGAGGGAAAUACGAGAUGUGUUAUCACUUGCAUAUGUGUUUCAACUCAUUCAGAGAAGUUAAAUGCUGUGCACAUUUAACCACCUAACCUGACACUCAUAUGGGCUCAGCUCCCUGCAGUUCAUAAUUCACAUGCUCUUCCCCAGAGCAGGGUAAAGCAGGACUGGCGAACACAAAAAUCCUGAAGAGAGGUCUGCCUCUGACUAAAUUAAUUUAAGAUUAUCUUGCAUGAUUCACUUUUAUUUCCCUUGGAAAGAUCCAUGAAACUAAAGGAUAUGGGGGUGUGGGGCAGGGCACGGGGAGGAAGAAUGGCUGGGUCAACGUUGCAUUCUGUCCUGAAUGCCCAUCUCGCCUGCAGAUGUAUCCGAUCACACCUUCAGUGUGUGUCUAGAAAUGAUAGAUGUUAAAAUGAAUGACAUAUUCCAUUAUGUCUAAAGCACUAAGAUUUACAAUAAAAUCAUGUUUGCAUUGGA